AUGUCUUAUGGAGAACUUAGAGGAACAUUUGUUCCAGCAUCCUCAACCAUUGUUUCUGAUAUGUUGAAGCAAAAUGGUGGUGAGAUAUUGGGACCGUUGGAGAUUGAUGUCUCAGAAAUGGCUACUACUACUAUUGCAUACGGCUGUGACUCCAAAAAAUUGGAACGAGAAAGUCCUGAAUCUUUGCGUCAUAGAAUGGCAUUAAGUGAUGGAGCGGUAAUCGCAAUGUCUUCGGGAGCAACACUGAUAUCAACCGCAACAUCAAGUAGUGGUGUUGCUGAUAGUUCCAAUACCGUUUGUCCAGUUCAACUGAAUCGCAAGAGUAAGGGAAAACCGGAGAAUGUAUGUCAGUUAAUAACAACUGCUGGUCAAAAAACGUCGAUCGGAUCCAGAGCUCCGUAUGAGGCAAGUGAAAGAACAUUACCGAAGGGCCGUUCGGUCAGUGUAACAACAUUUGGAAAUGUACAUGAUUGCAGUGGUGGUGGUUCUGGUAGCACAAUCGCAAAUGUAGCGAUGUCCCUGAAACAAUUCGCAUCACAACUUCGGUCACCGCGAUUUUAUGAACCUGUCACAAAUUUAAAAUGUUUUGUACCAUACACACCACCACCCAUGUUGAGCCCAAUGAGGCGAGGCUCGGGACUAUUUUGGAAGAUUUCGCAGAAUUCAUCACCAUCAAAGAUUAGCAUGCUGCAAUCAUCACAAGGAAAUAAUUUUGACAAAGCAGGAGCUAGCGAUAGUCGCCAUGAAAGUGAAAGAGACGAGGAACCAAUUGGGAAACGUUUACGACGUUGCAUUAGAUCAACAUUACAACCGGUGAAGGAAGGUCCUGCAGAUGAAGAGGAAUCGGGAAUUCGAACACCAAUUCGGAAAAAUGGACUAUGCUAUUCAUCGCAGUUUUUCGAUGCCAGACUACUACAUUUGGAAGCCUUACGAAAAGAAUCGAUUAUCCCCUGGAAUAAUUCUAACUCGUCGGGUAUACCUUCUGGUGCAGCAAAUUUACCCUCUCCGAAGAAAUUAUCGAUUUCAUCCGAUGGUGAUGCUUUGAGAAAGACUUCGUCAUGUUCCGAUUUCGGCGAAGAAAUUUGCGUUGCUCCAGAAUCCGAUGCUGUGCCACAUAUCAACUGUGGACGUGAUUAUCAAGUAAAGGUAAAAAAAUGGGCUGAUCGAGCGAUAAGCGAUGAAGAACGUGAUGCUAUACCAGAUCGCGAUGAUGCCAUUUUCGAUUGUAACGUCAUCGAUCAUCUGGAUGAUUCUGCUGUUGAAGCUUAUGAACUGUUAGCUUAUAGCAAAGCGGUACCGCGACCAGGUAGGAACAGAGAAUUGGCGCUACAUUUAUUAAUGGAAAAUAAGGGGAAUAUUCAAGAAGCUGUUUUGGAUUUAAUGCGGUCAGAUACACUAGACUGGAGUCAAUAUCCGAUCAUUUACAAUUCCAUAUACACUGAUACAAGUUCUUGGACGCCUGAGGAAAUCAGUUUCUUCCAAGAUGCCAUUUACAAAGGCGAGAAAGAUUUCCAUCAAGUAGCAUCAGAUUUAGGUAAUAAAACAGUAAAGCAAUGUGUGGAAUUUUAUUAUAUGUGGAAAAAAGCAUGCCCUGAUGACUAUCGAAAACUAAGAAAUUUGCGACGUAAACGUCAGUUGUUGGAAAUUCAGCAACAGCUCGAUUUGAUGGAAAGUUACAAUCUGCGAUCGAACAGUCGACCAGUCGAAAGUGGAGAAUUGUCAGGUUCAGAAGAAGGAAGUGAUCUAUCUGCGAUUUCUCAUGAUGCCGAUAAGAUAAAAAGUGGACAUUCGGAUAGGAAUAUAAGUUGUUCGGCAAUACCACGAAACUACUCAGUGGCAAGAUUCGGAGAACUGCCGCAUUCCACGGCCCCAUCGUCCAUGGUUAUGGGAAAUAAUGAUACAUCUCGAUCUUUCCCCCAGUUGCAUCGAACACCUGUCAAAAAAGGUGCUCAACCGGCAGCUGAUGGUUUCUUCCAUUGCCGCCUUUGUGAUAAAUACUUCGAGAAGGUGAAAAGUUUGAAUGCUCACAUGAAAUCUCAUGCAAUGAAAGCCCGAGCUGAGGCGGAAGCGACACAAUCACAGCUCAAUUUGCAACAUCAUGAUAAUAGCACUAAAAUAACUAAUGUCAACAACAUUCUCGAGAAAACAAUGUCAACAAAAAAUUCGCCAAUGACAGAUUCAAUGUCAUUUGUCCAUCAUCAUCAGAAAGAGCAACAACAAAUCUUAUUAAACACUGAUCCACUGAAAGCCACUGUCGAGAGACCAACUAUGCAAGUAACCAAUAAUUUUCCUGCUGUUUCAACUACAACAACUAUUGUUGCUUCAGAACCGCACUCAUUCGGUCCUGUUAUUGGAAAAUCAGGAAGUGGAGGAAGGCUUGGUCAGGAUCUAUUUGUGCAAACAUCUUUGAUACCCGAGCAUCAUCAGUUCACCCAGAAUACCCUGAUGUCUGGUUCAUUGGGUCUAGCAGCUCAUCAAGCUCUCAAUCAGUCUCUUACUGCUGCCAGCGUUCUCAAUCAAUUCCCACAAGCACAAGCACUGCAGUUUUUGAACAAUUUUCAAAACCCAGCCAUAACUCAUUGA